UGGUUUUCAAUAACAUUGUACAAUAAAACUCUAUAAAUUAAUGAUUUUAGAUGAUUUCAUAUAAAUGAGGCCGGUUUAAAAUAUGACACAAAUCAAUAAAAUAAUAAAAUGAUAUUUUUUAGAAAAUCUCAUGUAAAUAUAUAAUACCAUUAAAUUUUAAUUAAUAAUUCCUAUAUCUAGUACAGUUUAUAAGAAUGCAAAUAAUACAUUGUAUUGUCUGUUUUAUAUUCAUAAUGAAAUUUACUUCUAUGUUUUCUAAGUUUCAUAAUAUUUUGAUAGUAUUUAAUAAAAUUAUAUCUAAAAUACAUUUAAAUUGUAUGCUACAUAUCUCAUAUACAUAAAUAAAUAUAAUAAAAUGAUAUGAAAAGUUGAAUUUAUAAUUUCAAUGAAUAUAUAAACAUUGGAAUCAACUAUUUUUGUUUGAUAAUUUUUUUUAUUCUAAACUAUAGAAAUAUAAAAAAGGAAACUUCUUAUAAAUUAAUCUCUAUAAAUUGAGAAAAUAUUAUAAUCCCAACAUUAUUAGUUAUAGAUUUUUUAGGUGUGUAGAAGUAUAAAAUAUUAUAUAAGUAGAUUUGUGUUAGUCAAAUUAAUCUAAUAUACAGCAAGAAAUAAUAAUAGCUUUACUAAAUGUGGAAUAGUUAUAAUACUACAUUGCUGAUCAAGAUCAAAAUCGGAACCAAUUUAAUUUCCGUUGAUCAAUAUAUAAAGAGUCAAAUCUAACAAUAUGUUUCAAAUAAUAAAGGUUAUACAGCUAUAAAUAGGGAUUGUUAAUAGUGAUUAGAGGUAUCAAAAAGAGACAAGCAUAGAUAGAUACACACAAGACCAAAAAACAAAAGAUGGAAAAGAAGUGUAUGUGCAUGUUGAUGAUUAUGAUCAUUGCAUUGACGAUGAUACCAUUACCAGCGAUGAGUGAAACAUAUGAAGCUUGUUAUGAUAGUUGUGUUUCCUCGUGCCAAAUGUUUUCUCUCGACGUUAAGAUCAAAUGCAUUCAUGAUUGUGUUAGUUCCAAAUGUCAUAAAGCAUAUGUAAUCCCCCAGUAUGUAUAAUUCAUGUAUCAUUGUAUAUAUGUAAUGAUGUGUAUGUAUGUAGUAUGUUGACAUGUUUUUAUUGGUGGCAAUGGAUGUGCAGGAUGGCGGCUAAAGAUAUAUUUUAAGAAAUUCAUACAUAGAGAGGUAUGUUAUUAAACACACAUGAUAUUUUUAGUUUACUAUGUUUUUUUAAUUAUAUGAUUUUGAAUAAUAAAAUUUCAUCGUCAUCUUCAGAAUUCAACCGUUCUCAAAACAUAUUUUGGUCAACUUCUCAAAACAUUUUAUAUUACACCUUUUAAUUAUUUUCUCAUCUCGUAGAUCUUAAUUGUUUGAGCUGAGUCUAGAUUUAGAUAUGGGCUUGUCCCACCCAUAUGCACCCAGUUUAAAGAAUAUAAAGACUAAAAAUGUGGAAAACUAUUUUAUUUUUAUGUGAUUUUGAGAAUCUAACACUACUAAAAGCAAAAUAAGAAGAGCAUACAGGCUAUCCACGUCGGAUUUUUUAUUUGGCCAAUCAGGUUCUUUUUUUUUUACACGUCAGACUCGGGUUUGCCUUUUGCCCGAAGUCGAGUAAGAGAUUUCGUGGGCUUCUGAUUUCUCUUUGGGCUUUAAGUUUGAUUCGGGCUUCUUUGUGUUUUUUGUGUAUCGCGAGGAGAAUCAUUUAGGUGAGCCGACAUCUAAACGAGAAGCUUCUCCUCACCAUUACCGCUUCGUGUUCUUCGAUCAAAAAGAGAACCGUAGAUUCCAUCGAUUCAAUCCUAAGCUAUCAAUAGUUCCGUUUCGAUCAAUCAAUACCCCUUCAUUAUGAUUUCUUUUCACCUCCCUCUUUUCCUCCUCUUAUAUAAUUGAUCUUCCUUCUCCGUAGAAUGCAAAACCCUAGAAAAACUCAGAUCUCAAGAUAUGGCGAUGAAACGAAAUGGAAAGUCUCCUGCGUCUUCCGAGUCUGACGAAUCAGUGAUGUUCUUCAGAGAUGUCUCUCUCGGUCCCCAUGAAACCCGGUUGCGAUUCCGACUCAUCCAUUUCUGGGAGGCUCAGAACCCGGUGAAGAAGACCCUUAUUGGUCUGGAAAUGCUUCUCAUCGACGAGCAGGGAACUGUCAUUCAAGGAUUCAUCCCACCAGGUCGUAUUAAGAAAUACCUGCCUGAGAUGAAGCGAGGUUCAGUUUACGAACUCAUCAACUUCUACGGAUCGAAGAACAAACCGAUGUAUCGGGUUGCUGAUCAUAUCGCAACCGUGUCCUUCGCAUGGAACUCUGAGUUGUCGGUUCUUCACGACAUUCCAAUCCCUUUUGAUGAAGACCGUUUCAGGAUGCAUUCGUAUGAGGAUUUUGAGGCCAACUGUGAUCUCAAAGGUGACCUCUACGAUGUUCUUGGCCACAUGAAGCUGGUUGAUGGACAGGCUCUUACCGAGCGUCCCACCAUUGAUGAAGCGAAGCUCGCUACCACUCGGCACAUUAUGGUUCACGUGCAAUCACAUGAAGGACCUGUUAUGAAGCUUUACCUCUGGGACCAGGCAGCAACGGACUUCUGCAAGAAGUUUAAGUCCUAUGAAAACACUCCCACAGUUCUUUUGGUCACAGCUGUUAACACUAAACGUCUCGGAGGUAACCUGGCACUGAGUUCUAUGUCUCCCACACGGGUUUUCAUGGACUAUGAUGUGCAACCAACAAUUGAUUACUUCGCGUGGCUCUCCUCGAACCCAGAGAUUGCUAAGCAGGUUAGUGCAGAGGUGGUCACUAAGCGGGAGACGAUGACCAUAUCUGACAUCUUCUCCUACAUGACUCUGGAAUCUGCAAAGGAUGCCUUUUUUGAGUGCACUGCCACGAUUGAUGAUGUGGUUCAUGGAUCUGCUUGGUACUAUAUUGCAUGCACUGGGUGUCAUAGUAAGGCUACCAAAGGCGCAAAUUCAUUGAUUUGCACGAACCCAAGAUGUGUGAAGGAUACCACAGCUGGAGUUGCACAGUACCGUGCAAAGAUUUCGGUCUAUGACAGCAGUGAACAAGGUUUCUUUGUCCUGCUUGGUGAUGCUGGUUUUCAGUUGACUGGGAGGCAUGCAUCUGAGUUGGUCAGCAGCUACUUUGAGGCCAAUAAAGACAAAGGUCCUGACCAUGAAGUGCCUGUCCCGGAAGCUCUGAUCAGCAUAGUCGGACAGACCCAUAAGUUCUGUGUAAAAGUUACAGACCACAACUUCUCUGGCAACACCCGAGCAAUCACUGUGACCAAGAUCCUCCCUCCGGAGACAUCAUCACCCACAAAAGGCUCCGUUGAUAACGCUAUUGCUGCAACAUCCAUGGAAGCAGUGCAGACUGGAAGUGAAGUGUGUGGGCCUUCAAAAAGCCGUGGAGAUUCUGCAGAUGAAGAGAGUAAGAGAACGUUUGACAGUGUUGAUCCAGAGAAAGUCAAACGGGCAAGGUGUGAGAAAUAAUGAUUCAGUUCGAUAAUUCUUAAGUCUUUGCAUUGAACUUCAAGUACUAUGUUGGUUUUUGCAAGUUUGCUUCAGUUUGGUACUAUUUUGGUUUUUAACAACACUUUGCUUUGUUUCUUUUCAUUUCAAACUUUGGAUUUUAAUCGAUUAAACUAUCCUUCCUAUAUAGUUUACUCAGAUCAAUUGUUUUCAUGUUUAAAUUCCUUUAUAUACACCAACUGAUUUGGCCUCA